AUGGAAGCCAGCCUGGAAAUUGAGAACCAGCCCUCCGAAAUGCUCAGGGACCUGGUGCUGAGGUGGUUUCUGCAGACGCAAGUUCCUCUGAUGUUACAGGACGGCAGCUUGCCAGAAUGGUUCCAUGGAUUCAUUACAAGGAAGCAAACUGAAGAGCAGCUGAAAGAAAAAAGCUUUGGCAGUUUUCUCAUCCGAUUAAAUGAGAGAUCGUUUGGAUACAUCCUCUCCUACAGGGGAAAAGAUCGAUGCCGCCAUUUUGUCAUCAGUUGUCAACGGAAUGGAUGUUAUGUCAUAUCAGGGGACACCCAGACCCAUCCAAGCCUUGCGGAGCUCAUAAGCUACUACCAGACUUCCAAGAUAGAGCCUUUUGGAGAAAAUCUGACUAUGGCCUGUCCAAAUCAAGAGGAAAGAAGCAUCUAUGAUGAAAUCUCUGUGCAUCAGCCAAGAGCUUUCCAGCAAAGCUCUGCAAGCACCACUUCGGAGCUGACCAGAGAAGUGUCUGGCAGCUCACCAGCCUCCAGGCCAGCAAAAGAAGACAGCAGCCCCCAGCCAGUGACACCCAGGAAAAAGCUUCAGGAGCAGCAGGAGUCUUUGUCAAGGGAGAACCGGAAGCUGAGCCCAGAGCAGGACCCCGAAGCAGCCCCACUGGUGCCAGACAAGAGCUGCUUGCUAAUAGCAGAAACCUUUGAGGAAGACUUUGGAACCGAAGGAAGCAUUGCUUAUUCAGCAGUGAAGAAACACCCGUUAGACAACAGGAGCCUGGAGGUGCCAAAAUACAUGUGCAAAGUGUUGGUGGACAGUUUGCCAAAGCCUGAAGAACCCGGCCAAGUUAGUGCCUCUCCCUACAAGAAAAAAACAAGUACCGUGUUUGCAUUGACUAAGCAAUCUGAUAGUCUAUAUGGCAAAAAAGUCACAGAAAACUCCCAUCCAGAAACUACUUACUCCAUAAUUAGCCGAGACCAAGACAAGAGCUGUUUGGCAUUCCCUGCCCCCACCAGUGGUCCAUCCUCUGUUGCUACACCCAAGAAAGCAAUGCUAAACCCUCCUGCUUCAGCUCCUCCCAAGCUGUCUCCUAAGUUACCUAAUAAGCCUGUGACCUCCUCAGAACUCUGGGGGUCGCAGUCUCCAUUUGCAGCCUAUGCCAGCUCUCUUGUGUUUGAGAAAGAGCCUCAGGAACCAAACCACCCCCAGAGUUUGCCAGAUUUGCCAAGGGGAAACAUGCAUGGGCAGAUUAUUAAGAUGAAACACCCUAAAUCCACAGCACCCCUCCAUGGUGAUGAUCUUGAUGAGGCAAGCAAUACUUAUGAACAGAUUCCUUUUACUUGGUCAAAGGGCAUCACCCAUGACCCCAAUUCAGAAAAGCUUCUCCAGUCUUCACUAAUACAGCCCAAAGAGACUUAUGAUCAAAUCUCUGUGAAGACUGGGAGAUCCUCUAAGGCACAGGUCUAUACUGUGAAUCCAUGCAAAAAGAGCCCUGAUCCGUUCUCCAAAGCCUUUUCCUCAAAAAGGAAUGUCUUCACUGCAGAGAACACCUAUGAACAAAUUCACUUCAGUCCUGGAAAAGAAGCAGAAUGCAAGGCAAGCCAAAAGAGUGAUAAGCCCAGAAGAUUCCUGUUUGCAGAAAAGAAGACUAAAUUCUGAGCACUGUGCUUGAACUGUCGCUCUGAGCCUCAACCUGUACUAAAGAUCACUAAAUGAGAACCAGCAGCAGCUUGGCUUCCUAACAGUCUUCUUCCGCUGUGUUACGAAACCUCAUUGUUUCCUACUCUGGGCUGCGAUGGUUGCAUUUUUCAGAAGUCCCUUUUCCCAUCACAAGGCAUGCAUGCUUUUCUAGAACGUCCUAUCUGCUCCGUCAGACGGUUCUGCUGACAUAUAAGUAUCAGGUCUGAUGUUUAGAGAUAACCUUAGCAGCAAAAACCAUAUUUACCUAUUUAUUUGAAGUGGCUCUUCGCCUUGGCCGUGGGUUGGCAAACUAUGGCCCGCGGGUCGGAUCAGGCCCAAUUGCUUUCUAGAUCCGGCCCGCAUAUGUGCUUUCUAGAUCCGGCCCGCGGACGGUGUGGGAUCCAGGCAGCCGGC